UACCGAGAGUAUCGCGAAACCUCCUCCUCGCAAGCCGUCGCCUCCCAGUUGUUCAGACCAUCAGUCUCACCUACAUCGGCUGGAUAAGCUCAAGGAAUCGUACGAAUAUGAUAGAUUCAUCACGACCGGGUUCUACACCACAUUCUCCGGGCAGCGCACCAAAACACCCGGGAGGUCGACAGCGCGUUAUCUCAUCUUGUCUCACGUGCAGGAGAAGGAAAGUCAAAUGUGACCAUGUUCACCCAAUCUGCGGAGCGUGCACGCGUGGCAAUCACGUAUGCACCUAUUCUACUGACCAGAUGCUUGGCUCGACUGUGGGUUCAGGUGGUACUCGAAUUUCAAAACCGGCCUCUACCGGUAAUGGCAAGCUGUCGAGAAACGGCGAUGUACAGGCACGUUUGGAUCGGCUUGAGUCUCUUUUAGAGAAGGCAGUGGCUGGACAUGCGCCGCCGCAGGCGCUUCCGCGUUAUGUCCGUCAUGAAGAGCACGGGCAUGACUCAGAACUCUCACCCUCAGCAACUAGCCAGACCUCACAGGGAGCUGGCAUAUCUUCGGACAACCACGACGGGACACUUCUCCUUGAUGGCGGGCAGAGCAAAUUCGUGUCGUCGUUGCACUAUGCCCUUCUCGCUGAUGAGAUCCAAGACAUCAAGGCGCUCUUGGGCGAUAAAACGGAUGAAAAUUCAGACGGUCCGACACAGAACAACCUCAUACAUGCCAUCGGACUUGGCCGAGCGAAACUCGGAGUUUCACUCGAAACGCUGAUGCCGGAAACCCAGGAGCAGCGCGACGCACUUCUCGAGACAUACUUUUCAAAUGUUGACCCGGUGAUCAGGAUCACACAUAGGCCAAGCUUGAUAAGCAAAUUACCCUCAUAUGUACAAAACGUGCAUCCGCUUGUAUUCGCUAUAUUUUAUUCAGCAAUAAACUCGUUACCACCUGCACUGGUUGAAAAUAGGUUCGGGGAAUCACGAGAAGAGCUCAUGGCGAAGUUUGAGCUGGGAAUUGAGAUCGGACUAGCGCGUGGAAACUACCUCACCAGUCCAAGCCUGGAGAUCCUCCAAGCCUUUCUUAUCUGGCUGACAUGUAUUACAAGAGAAGAAGAUAUAGGCAAAGCGUGGGCGCUCCUCGGGAUUGCCAUCCGGAUAGCCUUGAAUCAAGGGCUCCAUCGAGAUCCAUCCUUGUUUCCAGCUGGCACAUUUGAUGUGGUUACUGUCGAACUCCGACGAAGGGCCUGGCAUCAGAUCUGCUCUCUUGAGUUUAGAGCUGCUGAAGCCAAAGGACAGGAACCAAGCAUAGCCGAAGAUGACUACACGACGCUGCUACCUCGCAACAUUGAAGACGAAGAAUUGAUCGAGGGUCAGAGUCCAGGAGCGACUCCUUAUAACGAAGAAAGAUGGACAUCCAUGACCUAUCAAUUGAUCCGCUUCGUUGGUUCGCGCGCAUCGAGGAGGAUUAUCAAGAGUACUUAUCGUUUAGAGCGACGUAUGCUCGAGUCUGGACUGCAUGGUACAUCUGGGCCUGAUCCUGCUCUGGAACUGCAGACUAUAUAUCAACAGAUCCAGAACAUGGUCGAGGAGAUGCAUGAAGAUAACUACCGGAAGUUCCUGCGGUUUGCCAGUAGAGAUGUCCCCAUACAGAGAUUGUCUCUUGGCCUAGCAACAUUGUUAGAGUGGAGGUGCUACGUGCUAUUCUGGCUUCGAAUGCCACGCGCUUUCCGAGACGUGGUCUUCUCAAUCGACGUGCGAAAAUCCAUUUUCGAGAAAUCUGUGAACAUGAUUGAGACCUUGAAUGGCGCAUCAGCAGACGUGGACGCAGCGCGCUUUCAAUGGCACAUAGGAGGCCAUGCUGCGUUCCAGGCUAUCAUGCACGUCCUUUCCGAGCUACGUAACCCGCUUUUUGACGCUCCAGAUCGAUAUCGGGCCAUUCGAGCGCUUCAGCUGUCCCGAUUGCUCAAAGAGCAAAACCACACCCGACCAUGGCAAGCAGUCAAGAGUAUGAUCGAUAGACUCGUUGCUGAGCAGGGAAGCACACAGUCAAAUCAAUCCGAAGCCUCGCCGCUCCCUUACAGCAAUACCUCACAGACGACAGCAUCCCUGCCUCUCAACGGAAUGACUAUGUAUCCUCAGACGAUGACCUCAUUCCCUAAACAAGAGCCGCCUCAGCCGAUUAUGGCACCAGCUAUUGAGCCUCAGCCGCCUCAAAUGUUGCAGCCAAUGCAGACGGUUGAACAGUCGGAAAUACAUUUCAACGAUUUUAACUUUGACAACAUCAUCGGCAAUACGCAGACGAAUGGGGGACUGCCCGAGUUCGACUUCGGCUUCUGGGGUGACCCGAUCAAUUUUGGCAGUGAACCGAUAGACUUCCCGAUAGAUGGAGGUUAUGCAGCAACAUGGACCAGUUGAAUACCAUCCACAUCUGCAGGGCCGGUAAACGCACUCUUUGUAGUCGCCAGCGAUUCCUACGUCAACUCCGGGCC